AUGCAAUAUGGUGAUGGUCUCAAAGAUGUUUUAAUUAUAAAUGAUUCACAUGAUCCAUCAUAUUUAUAUGCAGGUACAAUGGCUUCCAUACCAGAUACAGGUCUUAUUAAUGGUAUCGGACAAUUUAAUUGUAGUUCAAAUAAAAAUUAUUCUUAUUAUCGUGCGUCUAUUCGAACAGUUUAUGCUAGAAUAACAUUAACAAUCGGUCAACAUCGAAUGAGAUUAAUAGAAGCAGAUGGAGUUUAUUUAGAUGGAAAUAAAUAUCUUACGAGACUUUGUUUAAGUCCCGGUCAACGAUAUUCAGUAUUAAUUACUGGUAAAUUAAAUUUUACUAAAAUCUAUUGGAUAUGUGCAACAAUUCAUCCAUUUGUUGAUAAUAAUAAUUAUCAUACUAUAAUACCAUCGAUGGAUACAUUUAACAAUGAUGCAUUAAUUAUAAAUCAAUCAUUUACUAAAAGAGAAGUGUUUAGCAAUGAAUUAGGUUUAAUUUCAAUGAAUAAUACAAAAUUUCAUGUUUCAAAUAGUCAAAAUAUAAAAACCUUCAUUUAUAAUUCUAAAUAUAAUGGUCAAAAUCCCGCAAGUGUUCAAGUGGGAAAUGAUGAAAUAAUUGAUGUUAUUAUAAAUAAUAUUGAUUUUGCUCCUCAUCCAUUUCAUCUUCAUGGUCAUCAUGUAUGGAUAUUAGCUCAAGGAAAUACAAAAGAUGGUUAUUUCAAUCAAUCAACAUUAGAUAAUAUUCUUUAUAACCGGAUUAGUCCAAUCUAUCGAGAUACGUUAAGAAGAAUUUAA